CUUUUUCUUAUCGCUUGGCGCGUAAAAAUAAUCAUUUUCACUUUUGUCACUUUCUAUCCCAGUCACACGUUUGAUGCAUAACUACAACUCAAAUUAUAUAAAUUUAAAAGGACGAGACAUUCUCGAUUUUGGUAAUAGGGCGCUGAUGAGUUCAUGCUUCGUGAAUUCCGAGCCGUAUUCCGAGCCGUAGAGGGAAAAUGAGAAUAUGGAUCUCGAGUAGGAGGUUAAUAUUUGCUGGCCUUCGCGGCCACAAACCAAGGUGCUAUAGCGCUGUUACCAACAAUGUAGAACGAGUAAAUGUCCGCCUCGGCUUAACAGGCGGUAUAACCAUUGAUCUACACAAUAUUGCGAAGGCUUCACCACAAAGCCCCUUAUUAAUAUAUCUACCACCAUUUUCAACAGCCUUCGCAGAUAAACCUGCCCCGUUGCCAAAAUUCAUCCGGGGGCAACCGACGGCUGUGAUAAACUACCGUUGGAAUGGCUUCUCUCCCUUCCAGACUAGGAAGCCUGCCACGCCAACAUCUACGGAUGAAUCGGACAAGGAGGAAUUCUCUCCUAUCCUGUCCUGGCCAGCUCCUAUUCAUGAUACUUCAGCGGCCUACGACUGGAUUGUCCAAAACCUCGGCCCAUCUGGCUAUGCGCGUCGAGACAUAUACCUCUACGGCUCGUAUCUUGGGGCAACUCUGGCGACGUCCCUUGCUCUUACGGAAACUCAUCCCCACGCGCCGGUGGCUGUUCGAGGAUGCAUAGCCUUGAAUGGGAUAUACGACUGGACUAGGUUCCUCCCGGACCACCGCAUGAACAAUCCGCCAAAGCGAGGUACGACCUUAAAAGGAUCGGUAUCCCGCUCGAACGAUCCCCACUUCCAGGAGCUGAAGCAGCACGUCGAGGCAUUAUUCGUAAGCCCAAGUGGCCUCUUCGAUCCGUUUGCGAGCCCUACUCUAUUCUUCCGUACUCCUGAUCUUCUCGUGCCACCAAACUUCACCACAUCCGCUCUCUCCCCCGAAGCAUCCUCCCUAGCGAAUGUAUCGUUACCGAAUCCGAUGACGGGUGAACCAACGCUAGUCCUCACGCAUCCUAGCAAAAAGCUGCUCGUCUUCCCGCCGAGAACAUCCACGCUGAAAAUCCCCAAGACGUUGCUGCUCUACACCAAAAAGCCCUCAUCCCUGGUAAGGCUGAAGAGGGAGGACAGUUUUCAGACCCAGGCGCAAGAAUUGGGAUGGUUCAUGAGUGGCAGAGUUAAUAAAAUGGGGCUGGACACACGGAAUAAGUGGGAUGAGUACGACAGUUGGGAGGAUAGUGAUGUUGGGACGGUUCGGGUUCAUAAUGUAGGGCCUAGUUCUGGGGACUAUGCACUGAAUAGUAAAGGGGAGGAAUUGGCUGCGACUUGGCUGGAGGAUCAUACUAGUUAGCAGGUGAAAGUACAUAAAUCUCGACUCCUACACUACGCGAAAGUCUGGUAGAUUCUGUGCUGGUCCUAACGUAUAAUCGCAACUCGUAGAUGAGGUCUAUGGCAUCUAAGGGGGUUGGUUUGACGAUGUGCUAUCCGAAGUAGAUGAGAUCCCUAUUUGAUCCCUAGUUGCCUACCUACUUACUAAGACAACUACGCCAUUGCCAUCCAUUGCCAACAAUACACUAUCACUCUAAACAUUCAAAGGCGCUAUGCUGCUAUGGACC